AUGUAUGAUUAUAAUUAUAAACAAAAAGACAGUGUGGAUAAUCCAAAACAGGAAUCGAGCUUCAAAUACUUAAAAAUAUUAGAAAAUCUCGAAUUAGACAAUUCAAUUAAACCUGUAAAUCAAAAUUUAAUUAAACGUAUAAAUCAAUAUUCUGAGUCAACACUUAAUAGAUAUGCAAAAAAUAUUGCGAUUAUGAUUAAAGAUGACUUUAUUCAAAGUUCUAUAUUUAAACAUCAUAAUCAAAAGGAUUUUAUUUCAUUAAAGUCAUUAGAAUAUACUGUCAAUAAUCAAAAUUAUUAUCUUAGUUUUGGAGCAGUUGAUUUCACACAAAAAGAAAAUAAGAUCUUAAAUAUAAUUAAAAUAAUAGAUUCAAAUUAUAUUUCUUAUGACGCUUAUCGAGGUUUAGCUGCAAUAGAUUAUUAUCUGCCACGUGAACAUAUUAUUGCAAUUGAAUGGAAUAACUUAACUCAAAAGAUAACUCAAGAUGUUUCAAUUAAACUUGUUGAUAUGGAUAUAAUAGAUAGUUUAGAAAUUAUUGAAGAAUCUAAUGCUGAUAAUGAUAAUAUAGACUUUAAUAAAGUUCUAAAUUCAAUAGGUACUGGUGGACAAUUUAUAUUAAGUCCAUUUUUCAACGAUCUUAAAGACUUUAAAACUAACAGAUUAGAAGUUGAUG